CUUUUUAACCUUGAUUGUGAAGGAUGAAAAGCAGCAGCCACUUUCUGCGGAACAGGGCUUCUGGAGGAACUUGCUCCUUUCCUUUUGGAUUAUAUUGGCCUAAAGACAUCAAGAUAUUGAACGGAUAAUGUUGUGAGUUUCUACAUGCCAGUCUGUGUUCCAUCACUUUUUGAAGCAGCAGCUUUGGUAAUGCACUGCUAACAUGGCUGAACAAAGGCAACGUACUUUGUCAACAUCAGGGGAAGCAUUAUAUGAAAUCCUGGCCCUAGAGAAGGGAGCAACACAUGAUGAGAUUAAGAAGUCCUACAGAAAAUUGGCUCUGAAAUACCAUCCCGACAAGAAUCCGGACAAUCCAGAGGCUGCAGAAAAAUUUAAAGAGAUCAACAAUGCUCAUGCAACACUGACUGAUCUGUCCAAGCGAAACAUAUAUGACAAGUAUGGAUCAUUAGGGCUCUAUGUGGCAGAACAGUUUGGUGAGGAAAAUGUUAACACCUACUUCAUGCUCUCAAGCUGGUGGGCAAAGGGCCUGUUUGCAGUCUGUGGUCUGCUGACGGGCUGCUACCUCUGCUGCUGCCUCUGCUGCUGCUUCAACUGCUGCUGUGGAAAGUGUAAACCCAAAGCACCGGAAGGGGAAGAGCAGGAGUUUUGUGUGUCUCCAGAAGAUUUGGAAGAGCAAAUUAAGAACGACAUGGAAAGAGAUGGAGAAACUCCUAUCAUGCUUCAGCCGACUAAUGCGACCGAGAAGACACAGCUAAUAGGGGACAGCCGUCGGAGCUAUCGCACAGACUCCUAGAGCCAGCAAACACAACCUGUUGGUGCUUCCCACUGAGAACAAACACACUGAUAAGCUCUGCAGCCCGUAUUUGUAGUUGUCUUUAAGUUAAUCAAGAGUAACCUGAGAGAAUUUCCUAUCAAUGCAGAAUCUCCCUCGAGGCCAUUUCCAAUAAGUUGAUAACUGCACUCUGCAAGGAGAUACCUAUGGCCGUUACUGAGCUGUACACACUGGCAUGUUGUGGCCUCUCAUGGCUUCAAACUGCCAGGCUCAAGCAUGGUCUUUCCCUCUAGCAAUAUGCCCUUUGGUAUAGUUGCUCUCCUCCAGGCCCUCAGCUGUGGGUUCACCUCCCAGGCACAAUCCCAAGUCCCUUUCUGGACACA